AUGCACACAAAGGGCAAGCCGCUGACGCGAUCCCUGAAGAGGCGACUCGACCUCGGCGAGGCGGCCGAUCUCGCCGCGUGCGAUGACAACGUCGCGCCGCAGCGCUGUUCAUUGAGGAGCAAGGCAGUGAAGCCCUCGCACGCGGAUGCUGCGGCACAGACGCGCGUCACGCGCGCCUCCACCGCUUCAAAACCGAGGCUCCGUGCUCUUGGGGACCGCACGAAUGCGUGCGGGGCGGCGCGGGAGGAGGAACCCAGGUCGGCUCCCCUGCGGCGCAGCACCCGCCUGAAGCGCACCCGGGGGAGCGACGCGGACGUGGCCUCCCGCGAGUGCACGGUGCUGCCCGGCACCGCCGACAAGACGCAGGGCGUGGUGGGCUGCAGCGCGACGCAGCACCGCGCGACGGCGGAGACGCACGAGGACUCCGCGGCGCGGCGGCCGCCCGCCGCCACCGCGGGAGGCGCGCCGGGCGCCGUGGACGGCGCGCCGGGGGCGUUUCUGCCCGAGGCGCGGCGCGGGCCGCCGGGGCUGUCGCUGGCCUCCCUGCCGCAGCCCCGCAUGAUGACGGAGCGCAUGACGCACGAACACAUCCUGCUGAGCUCCAUGACGUUCCUGGACAGCGUCACCGCCCCGUUCCUGCCAACGGGGGCGCGGCGGGCGUACGAGGCGAAGCGCGUGGCGCCGCCGUACGUCGACGCGGACACGUGCACGAACUUCACGGCCGCGACGCGGCAGGCGAUGGUCGACUGGGCGCUGUCGCGGAAGCCGCUGCUCAACGUGUCGUCGGAGAGCAUCCACCUGGGCGUGCGCCUCACGGACCUGUUCCUGGCCACCCGCGGCCCCGAGGCCUUCCUGGGCAAGCACGUCACGCCCGCGGCGGUGCGCGAGGUGCGCGGGGACUACGUCGCCGGCUGGGGGCCCGCGUCGGUGCUGCCAGCGCGGAGUGCGCCGCAGACGGCGGCGGAGGGCGCGGCGUACCGCACGUCCUUCCCAUGCAAGCUGCGGCGGCUGACAGCGACGGCGCUGAUGGUGGCGGCGAAGCUCGUGGAGCGGCAGCUCGCCCGGCCGCGCGCGCACGUGUUUGCGGAGAUGAGCGACGCGGACGGGUUCGGGGGGCGGGAGAUCGUCGCGGCGGAGCAGGCGCUCUUGCGCGUCAUAGAGUGGCAGCCCAGCAUCCCCACCGCGACGGGCUUCGCGACGGCGUUCCUGGAGUUCCGGUGGGCGCAGACGGGGCAGCACGCGCCGAAGCACCUGCUGCGGCGGGAGCAGGCGAUUGCGGUGCACGUGCUGGACGUGGCGCUGCUGUCGCACGAUGCGCUCGCGCUGCGGCCGUCGCAGCUCGCGGCGGGGGCGGUGUGGAUCGCGUGCGGCCGCGCGUACGCGGACGCGAUGCGCGACGCGACGGGCGCGGACGUGACGGAGGGGAAGCGCUGCGGGGAGCCGUGCGUGCUGCACACGGCGGCGUGCGCGAAGACGGCGACGACGCUGUCGUCGGGGUCGCGCCGGCGGCUGGUGGAGUGGGGGUGUCACUGUGGGGGGGAGUCGGACAGCCCGGAGUGGGACGAGUUCGCGGACGAGCCGGCGUGCACGGAGCUCGCGACGUGCAUGUUCGACGCAGAGUCGGUCGCGAAGAUCUCCGGACACGGGCACGGGAUGGUGAGGCAGGUCGCAGCCUUCCUGGAAUCGAUUGUGCGGGACGCCUUGCGCGCGGGGGGCCUUGCUGUCAACGCGGACAGCCUGGCCACCGCUGCUCUCAAGUCGCGGCUGCCCGCUGACGCGAGGGAUUGCGGUCGAGUUGGCGGUUCGCCGCGGGAGACUGUGCGCCGCAGCCCGUUCUCCGGCACGUCGUCGUCGUUGCAGAGCGAGGACGACAGCGAGGACGACAGCCAGGACGACAGCGCCGCGACCGGUGACAGCGGCGACACCGCCGAUGACGGCUCCGGGGCCGACCGCAAGCGAAGUACCCGCCGCGGUUGCCGCUGA